CACGGUUUCAAAAUGGCCCGUAUCGGCUGUGUCUGGCGACUCUCCGCAGUCAGUUUAGCCGCUGCAGGCGGAGCUUUUAAGAUAUCCCGGGAAAUCUCGAGCAAAACGAAAGAAACCACACCAGAAUCAAAUUUAGAGUUGGUCUUGGUUCAAAUGACAUUUAGACAUGGCGCAAGAACUCCAGUCUUUCGUCCUCCUUGUGAAGAAUUAGAACUGGUAACUUGGACGGCCGAUCUUCUGGGAACACUUCCACACACAGAUGUGGCUUAUGAGCUUAAACAUGUGUCUGGAGGACCUUGCCCAGUAUCUGAAAGCAAAGAAAGAUUAUUGAAGAGACUUUUAAAGGUUUGAAUUGCUUUAAUAUUUCUCAAAUUAAACCGGCGACCGGUCCGAUCGUAAGAAUGCUUACGUUGCAUGAACGAAAAUGGCAUCAUUUCGCGACUUUUGAACAGCGAUAAUUUAAAAAUAGCUGAGUAUUUGGACUCCGGCUUUUCUUAUGUUACAGCUAUAUUAGAGUAUGCAUUAUUAAGUGUGCGAUACUGGUGGACAUCACCGGUGGCUGUGUGAUCCACCUGUAACAUGAGAGCCUCCCCCUCCUCCCAAACUGAAGUGCAAAAUAUCUGGAUCAAAUAAACCUCUCUCUCUCUUUCUUACAACCCCAAAACUGUUGUUAUACAGUCAUCUUCUCUAAAGCUGUUUCUCACUAGCGACAAAGUCGAAGUCAAAGUGGUAAGAGAAGUCGUAAGAGCACUUAUGACCUAGUGAAAAUAAAAAAUCAGAGUCAUAAGUGCAGCGGAAUUGGAGUCAGAAGAAUCAGAACGUUUCCAUUUCUUCCGACUCCGCUUACGACUCUGUCACUUACGUUCCGCCUGUGAUCUAGUGAAAACCAGAUUGUCGGAGUUGGAAGCAGAAGCAGAAGGAUAAACCAACCACAAUGUUCCCAUGCUUUGUGAUUGGUUUAGUUCCUCUGCUUCUGCUUCCGACUCCAACAAUCUGGUAAACUUUCACUAGGUCAUAAACGGAACGUAAGCAAUGGAGUCGUAAGUGGAAUCAGAACACUGUUUUCACUAGAUCAUAAGCUCUACACUUCUGAUCACAACUCCGACUACGGCUCUCUCGCUAGUGAAAAUCAGCUUUAACACAGACACAAAGUGUCAAAUAAAGGGAGUAAAGAAAGGCAGGAACCAACUCUAGGUGUCCAUCUUGUGGACGUGUCUGUGAAGAGAGAGUUAACUGUAUAUCAGGAUUUAUUAGCAAUCAUCAAUUUUAAACAAUACUUCUGGGGUCAUGACGUGACUGCACUUUUUAACUGCAAACAUACAAAGUUUGUUCUAAAGACACUAUAGUUUAUUUAUUCCGUCAAAAAGGGAAAACAAAAGCAUUGGAUCUAGAUUUACCACGAGUAAAACCUAUGGAUGUGACCUUUUGUUGUUGCUAAAGAAAAGCUAUGUUUCCUGAGAGGUUUGUUAGGCUGAUUGAUGGAAACUAAGGAUGAAACCCUCAAUUUUCAACUUUUUUAAUGUGGUUGCAUGUUAUUAAAAAGCACAGCAGUAUUUUGAAAGGUUACCUCAGUGUUAAUUAGUAUAUACUAUAUACAGUGGAUGUUGUGGAUGAGAGAAAUGUUGCAAGUUGGAAUUAUUAUUAUUAUUAUUACUAUUUUGGGGGGGGGGGGUGGAGGGAGCGGGGGUGUAUCGGCAUAAUCCUACAAUGUAACCCCAACUGACUCUGUAAGAUUUGUUACAGUGUUUCUGUUUUUCUUCAGGGAGGAAUUCCAGCUGGACAGCUUACAAAAGUAGGACAACAACAAAUGUAUGAAUUAGGGAAAAAGCGAGGAAAACUGUAUGUGGAUAAUCUGAAGUUUUUACAGGAAACUUACCAUCCUGAGGAGAUUUAGUAAGUUUUAAGAAUAGCAUUGUGUAUUAUCACGCUACUUAUUAACAAGUAAUAACUGAAAGUUACAGAGUACAGGUGAAAACAAUUGAAGGUCAAAUGUACAUAAUUUUGCUCCAAUGCUAAACUUAAAUCUGAUGUUUGUCGUUUGCUGUAUAUUUUGUGGUUCAAUUUUAUCCUUGGUUUAAAUUUUAUUUCCUUUUGUUUUCGGGUAUGGUAGUGUAUGAUAAUGAGUUUAAAACAAAGGGAAAUAAAAUUUAAACCAAGGAUAAAAUUGAACCACAACAUAUACUUGAAGCUUAAACUCUCUAUCUUCACUUUCAAACUCAAGUUUGAACAUUCCGUUAUUUUUUGAGGUGUGUUACAUUGGUAUAAGUGGACAGAAUUGAAUCACCCUGGCUUAAUAUAAAUUGAAGGGAAUUUUCUGUUCUGUAGAGGUUGAAGAACCACUGUGUUUCUCAGUAACAGUAACUUUUAACUUACUAUUUGAAUGUAUUUAUUUUUUAGUACUCGUACAUCAGAUUUUCAAAGGACGAUAGACUCAGCCAGAUGUGUUUUAGCAGGCAUGUUUGGAAAGGAACGGUUGAAAGGUUUGUUGUUUAACCAUUGAUUAUGCACUUAUUGCUGUUUAGUGUUUUGUGUCUGAUAAUAAAAUUUAAUGGAUACUUAUUGGCCAACUAAUAUCAAUUAAUCAAUGCUAAUGUGUAAUAAUAAUACUGAUUGAUGCUACAGUUGACUGACAUGUAAUCCUACCCCCUGGAAUGUGCUAUAUAUAUCAACCACAUUCCGUACCAAAAAGAGAUCAAUAAACCUUCGAGCCAGUCAACCCUUGUUAUGUUUCUUAGUUAAAACCCUGAACCCGUUCAUCUAAGCAAAGCUUAUUACAUGGUGUCAGAAGUGGCCAAUCAUGGAACACAUGAAGCCCAUAGGACCUCUACGAAUGGACGGCAACGUCGCAGAAAACUGGCGAAAAUGGAAACAGAGGUGGGUCCUCUAUGCGAAAGCGAGUGGAGUAGACUCAAAAGACGAAGAAACACAAUGUGCAGUCUUACUACACACCAUAGGAGAAGAGGCACUCAAGUAUACGACACUUUUUACAUUUACAGAAGCCGAGGAGAAUAAGAUAGAACCUCUCGUGGCAAAGCUAGAGGCGCAUUGUGCCCCAAAGAAGAACGUCACGCAUUUAACGCUAUCUUUUCUUCUCGCACGCAAAACGGACGGCCUAUCGACGCCUUCCGUUACCGAUCUCCGCACAAAAGCCAAAACCUGCGAGUUUGGAACACUCAACGAUAGUCUAAUAAAGGACAGAAUCGUGUGUGGAAUCGACAGCCAGAGUGUAAGGGAGCGACUCUUACGCAACAACGAGCUCACUCUAGAAGUAGCCAUAAAUACCGUGACGAGCCGCAGAGACGAGUAAAACUCAAACGGAGUCCCUUAACAGCCUUGAAGCAGCAGCCGUAAACUUCGUCACAAAGAACCAAAAACAGCCACCAAGAUAUCAGCCUAUGAAGAAAAGGCAGCAGAAACAACAGCACCAGCAAAUAAAACCGUGUGGUCGUUGUGGUUACAUCCACAAGCCAAAACAAUGCAGGGCGUUUGGACAAACAUGUCACAAAUGUCAAGGAGAGAUCACUUAAGCCCAUAUGUGCCGCACAAAAAAAAGCAAAUACUGGCCACAAAACACUCAAUGAAGUCGAACAGCAGACAGACACUGACUCAGAUGAGGAUCUAUUCCUUGAGAAUUAGAUUCGUCACAAAAUGACAAAAAACGAACUGUUCACGAAAUUAACCGUGAAUGAGGAAGAGAUCAGCUUCAAAAUUGAUACAGGCGCACAGUGCAAUGUCAUUCCCAACACGCCUAUGAAAAACUGAGCAAGAAGCCAAGCCUACAGCCUACUAAAGUUAAGAUAACUGCAUAUGGUGGGGUACGUGUGCCGAUCAAAGGAACAUGCACAAUGACAAUCAAGAAAAACAGCAAAAACCUUGAUGCCAAAUUCUUUAUUGUCGCCGUUGAAAAGGCUCAACCCUUAAUUGGCCUUCAAACUUGCCGAGAUCUGAACUGAUAAACAUUAACAACGAUGUUAAUGAAGUCAAAACAAGUGGAACAGAAAUUCUCGACGAAUUUAAAGAUGUCUUCACCGGACUUGGUUUAGUCAACGGAGAAUUUCACAUCGAGCUUGAGAAGACGCAAGGCCUACAAUACAACCCGUCACGGAAAAUUCCUCUGAGCCUGAUGCCGAACCUACAGAAAACACUAGAGAAGCUGACAGAAAUGGAAGUAAUCAGCAAAGUUGAAAAAGCAACUGACUGGGUCAACAGCCUAGUCAUCGUGGAAAAAAAAAGACGGCUCAUUGAGACUUUGUUUAGAUCCGAAAGAUUUGAACAGAGCAAUCAAGCGUGAACAUUAUAAGCCGCCGACAGCGAAACCAUUUCUAGUAAGCUCAAUGGGAAGCGUGUUUUUACAGUAAUUGACAUGAGUAACUGCUACUGGCACAAAAAGUUGGAUGAAGAAUCAUCCUAUUUGUGCACAUUCAACACGCCUUUCGCAGAUACAAGUUUAACAGAAUGCCGUUUGGUAUCUGUGUAGCGAGUGACGCCGCUCAGAGAAUGGUGGAUGAAAACUUCAGCGACAUUCCAGGAGUUCUCGCAGUGCACGGCGACAUUAUCAUCGCCGAAAGGACACUGCGGAACACGACCUAGCUCUCAAACAAGCGCUGGAACGCAAAGAUCACGCAACAUAAAGUUUAACCGCAGCAAAGUACAGCUACGCGUCAACCAAGUGAAGUAUCUUGGUGAUAUCGUGACCGCCGAUGGAUUCAAGCCAGAUCCCGAGAAGAUAAAAGCAAUUGUGGAAAUGCCAGAACCACAAUGUAAGCAAGAUUUGCAACGCCUACUUGGCAUGGUCAACUAUCUGUCGCAGUACAUACCAAACAUGUCAGAAAUCACAGCCCCCUACGCAACUUGUUGAAAAAGAACAUGCAAUGGGUGUGGUAUGACGAACAUCGAUCCGCGAUAGAUAAGCUGAAACAUGCACUCACGAACACUCCUGUUCUGCAAUAUUUCAACCAAGACAAGCCAACUACAAUCCAAACCGACGCUUAAAAAGUGGAAUCGGAAGUUGCCUCCUGCAAGAAGGACACCCGUGAUUUACGCGUCAAGAUCGCUGACGAAUGCCGAACAGAACUAUGCUCAAAUCGAAAAGAACUAUUGGCUAUUGUAUUUGCGUGCGAGCGAUUUCACCAAUUUGUCUCACGGCAAUGACAUAAUUGUGCAAAGUGACCACAAACCACUUGAGGCGAUAAUGAGAAAGCCAUUAUCUCAGACACCCCGAGAAUUCAACGAUUGCUAAUCAGGCUUCAAAAGUACAAUUUGACAGUUCAUUUUGUACCCGAAAACUGAUGUUCAUUGCAGACACUCUAUCGAGAGCGUGCCUAAAUGAGACUGUUGAGGGUCCCCAAGACCUCAAUGAUGACAUCAAGUGAUGAUCCACAGUUUCAUCACCGAAAUCCCAGCGAGUCCAGAAAAGUUGACACAGCUGAAAAAAUGAAACCGCCAAAGAUGCAACACUUCAGGCGCUGAAAGCUCAAAUACAAAAAAGGUUUCCCACCCCAUAGAAAAGCCUUGAGACCAAUCCUCUCGCCAUACUGGAUUGUCAGAGAUGAGCUAAGUGAAGCCGACGGUCUUCUAUUCAAAGGAAGACAGCUUCUCAUUCCAAAAGCCAUGCAGCACAGCGUCCUGGAAAUGAUACAUGAAAGCCAUCUUGGAAUUGAAAAGUGUAAAGCACGAGCAAGAGCCAUUGUUUAUUGGCCUGGAAUGUCACGCGACAUCCAUGAUACUGUUGUCAAGUGCCCGACAUGCUUGACACACAGACACAAGAACCAGAAGGAACCGAUGAUUCCCCAUGCCAUACCAGAUCGUCCAUGGCAAAAGCUCGGAUCCGAUGUGUUUGAACACAAAGGAAAACCGUACCUAGUAGUGGUGGACUACUACCCAAGUACAUCGAAACUAGCCUAAUGCGUGACAAAACCGCGGGAACCAUUGUCACGCACAUGAAAGUCAAUCUUAACGCUAGACACGGCAUCCCUGAAGAGCUCGUAUCAGACAACAUGCCUUACAACAGUAAAGAGUUCAAACGAUUCGCAGAGCGACUGGGGAUUUGAACUGAUCACCUCAAGCCCCACAUAUCCGCAGUCUAAUGGCCUCAGUGAGAAAGCAGUACAAACCGUUAAGCGAAUACUAAAGAAAGCAAGCGACCCAUACAUCGGCCUAAUGGAGUACAGAAAUACUCCAGUGACAGGAAUGACAUAUUCGCCAUCCCAGCUUCUCAUGAGUCGCACCACCAGAACCAAGAUCCCCGUAACACAAGAACUCCUGAAACCAAAGAUUGCUACUGAGGUCAAACAACAACUGUUAGCCUGUCAACAUCAGCAAGUGCACUAUUACAAUCACGGAGCAAAGCCCUUGACAGAUCUCAAACCACAGGAAGCUGUCCGUCUACGCCAAGGAAAGACCUGGGUACCUGCCGUAGUAAACGAGAAAGCAGAAACCCCGAGAUCCUAUUUAGUCACAACUACGACCGGACAACAAUAUCGCCGGAAUCGCAAGGAUCUGCUACAAACUGGAGAAAACCCUCCUGUAAUAUCAGUCCCGCAAGACAACGACUUUAAUUACACUACAGAAACUCAGAAAACCUCAGCAACCCCCAACAAAGAACAAGACCCUGUACAACUUCCUGAACAACAGCAACCCAACAACCCAGAAUCGACGACACCACCUAGACGCUCCUCGCGAAUCACUACUCUUCCCUUUAAAUUCAAGGACUAUGUCAUGAAUUUCUAAGAACUGAACACUGAAAAUUAGAACAUUGAACUUUUGUCAUACCGGAAGUGUCAUUGCUAUUAUUCGAUUAUUUUUUUUUAAUGAUAGUGUUUGAUUUCAUUCUCAAAAAGGGAGAUGUAAUAAUAAUACUGAUUGAUGCUACAGUUGACUGACAUGUAAUCCUACCCCCUGGAAUGUGCUAUAUAUAUCAACCACAUUCCGUACCAAAAAGAGAUCAAUAAACCUUCGAGCCAGUCAACCCUUGUUAUGUUUCUUAGUUAAAACCCUGAACCCGUUCAUCUAAGCAAAGCUUAUUACAAAUGUGUGCAAAUAUCUCCAAGAUGACAAUAAUGUUACACUACUCCAGAGCAGUGCAGACAUGCACAUGUAGUGAUGCAUCAGACAGUAUUGUUUUGUUAAAGAAAAACUAGCAGUUGACUAAAUUUUAGGUUUAAACUCCUCCAGGGUCUAGGCUAGACUGCGUGUAAACUGAAACAACAUUUUGCCCUUUCAGUGACGAGGCGAAUAAUUUUCAUGUAUUUUCUUACCCUGAUAUAUAAAAAACGAAAUGUACAACCAGUUGCAUAAGCCCUUAACAUAAUGUGGUGAUGUACCUGUCCUUGUAAAAAAUUAUCGCAAUGAUGGGAUCACUGACAAAUUUGUACAAGGGUGUGAUCGCAGACAUUCCAUCCCUCCAAACCUUAUCAAAGGUGCUAGAAAUGAAAGCCCAUAGUUUUAACUUGGACUAACAGCUUUGAAUGGGGGAGACUAGGUUGAUGGGCUUGUUUCUUUUCCUAGUUGUAUUAUUAUUAGCACAUUAAAGUUAAAACCAAGGAUGUUUUUUGAGAGCUUUUGUCGAGCAAAAGGCAUUAAAUAACACAGUUUUGUUCAAUAUUCUGAUAGUCCUCCAAGCAUUGUGGCCUGCUGUAAGCCUCAUUAAAUCUUCCUGUUGAUCUACAUGUAUUUCCAGUACAACAACAACAACUUUAUUGCACAUGAAAAAGUUUACAAGUAAGAAAUUAAAGUAAACUUAAAAAAAAAAGAAAAACCUGCAAACAUUUCACCCAACCAAAAUAAGCAAAAUUUUGCUAAAGCUAAUUGAAAAAGAGGUUUUUCCGAAAAUGUUAGGACAUGAAAAUUCACAAAAUAAGAAAAAUUAGACAUGCGAGUCUACAAUUCAAAGUUUUACAAAUGGAACGUUUAAAUACGGUAAAUUUGAUACCCAAUAUGAUACCCUCCACUAAGAAAAGUUAAAUUUAUUAUAUAUACAGUACAUCUAUUUUGAAGAGCCUGGGUGUUGUUAUUGCAGUUAAUGUAUUUAUUUACCCAAAACUGAGGAAGAUCUGGGCGUUGAUUUGUUUCAGAAUUAACAAUGUACACAGAACAUGAAGAAAAAGAGUUCUUGUACCCAAAUGUAUCUCACUGUAAAGCUUUGAAAAACUGCUGGAAGUAUUUUCUUCAUGCCAAAGGCUUGGACCACAUAAAGGGAUUUUAUGAUAGGCAGGAAAAGCUUGAACAGGCUUUGAAUUUGAAUGGAGACAAUAAAUUAUCUUCAAUUCACCUAAAGGAUAUUGUGUCUGCAAUGAUGGUGAGUGCAUACACUAUGUUAAUUUUGACCUUAAUUCAAUCACAGCAGUGCAGAAGAGUUUUUGUGACCUUGAUUGCAGUUAAAUUUUUCAUUUAAUGGCUCAAAUUGCCUUUGUUUAUUGUAGAAUCAGUAUGAACUUGAACGAUCAAAUCAUUAAGCUAUCAAAAUAUAAUCACAAUAGUUAUUUUGAUCACCCUGUCAUUGCAUCACAUUUGUUUAUGUUACACAACAUACAGUAUAUACCUUAGAAAGGGACUGAAGAUGCCAAGAUAGGCUUACAGCAUACUUGAUUUUUUUUAUUUUUCUCUUUAUUUUUACUCCACACUUUGUACCUUGCUCCGAAAGGUUCCUUUUAAUACGUUGGAUACAUAAUGUUAGGUCUUCGAUCUUAUCAUUAACCCCUUUGUAAUUAUUUGUCAGUUACUGUAACUGAGAAAGUCUGAUUGCCUGAAAGUAAAUCAAGUUAAACUCAAAUACAUUUUUUCAAUUUGCAGGCUCAUAACAUGGAAGUUCCAAAAAAUAUUCUUCAAAACUUAAAUUUAAUAGAAGAACAAGCUCUGCAGCUAUUUCUCUCACUGCAGUAUGGAGUUAAUUUAGGAAAUAGGUAAGUAAUGUUACCUGCUAUAAACUUCACUUCACUACACUCGAUCUACAAGGGUUUUUGUGAACUGCUCGUGGUAAUGUUAUGACUGUCCCCUGGACAGGAGAUACUCUCUAAAAUAGCCUAUAAGGGGAGGCUCUGCCUGAAAGGGGUACCUUUUCAGGCCUCAGGUGUAUGAAAGGUUAGGGAUUUCACUAUUUGAAGUAUAAAAAAGGGUAGGGAAAUUUGUCAUUCCAUCGACCUAAAAGAGCUAAUGGAAAAAAUUUAUGGCUGUGAAAAGGUCAAGAAAAUUUCCUGGUUUUGUAUUUUUUCAUAUUUCAAAAACAGUGCAUUCUCAGCAGUUAAAAGGGGUGCAACAUUCUAAACUAGGUACAUGAUAGGGGUACCAUUAAUUUGUCAAUGGACGGUAUACAAAAGGAGUAUUUUUUGUAGUAAAAAUGGUAUAUAGAAGGUAAGGCCAGUUGGACCUCAAGGCAGAGCCUGCCUGUGCCAAACAUUGUUGAGUACCUCCCAGGGAAUCUAUCAGGUUUUACAUACCUGUCAUUUAAAGAUUGACAGCAUUGUUGUUCCCCUAAUUAUGAGGCAAUUGUACCCUGCGAGCAGAGGCUAUAUUUUUACUGUGUGAGCUGGCAUGCGAAAAGUAGCGUCUGCCAACAACCGUUCAAAUCUGUCCAGAAAUCUGGAUGAAUAAAUUUAAAAAACGGGUUUUUUCCUGUUCUUGACCGGUUGAGAGCAUUGAGUGAGUCUUGCGUGGCAGAUCAGAGUUGUUGUGGCAGUUGUUGCAAUUUUUUUAUCCCCGCGAAACUUGUGCCAUUAAUAUUUGCCCGUGACGACAGACCUGACAAUUAAUUUUGCCUGCGAAUCGCAUGACUAGUUUCGCACAUGUAUGAUAGAAAAUUGAAAGGUUAUCAGCAAAGGCUACUGUUCGCACAACAGCUCACACAGCCAAAAUGUAGCCUCUGCUCGCAGGGUAAGGCAAUUGCUGUCUAGAGAGGCUAACAACAACUAUCGUCGAUCAAAUCUGAAAGUAUAAAUGAGCAUUCUGAAGGAAACAGCUCUCUGAAAGUAAAGAUAAUUCUUGCAAGGUUUUUGUUACAUUCAAACCUAUAUUACAUGUAAGUGGCCAAUUUAUAUUCAGGAACCAGUUGUCAGAUCAGUGCAGAAAUAAAUUGUCAAUAAAUCAAUGUUGGCAGAGAACCUUUAUUAAACAGCCACCUCUACCAGUUAAGACUGAGGCCCUCACUAUCAAUCUACGCCCCAUUCCGAAACGUUAUUUUAUAUUGUUUCAUACCUCUAUUAAAUGGCCAGUAAGAGUUAAAGGUAAGUUAGAGGUUUGACUGUAUCAAAUGGUGCACAUUAUAAAUGUGACAAUUUUGUGAGUAGGGCAUUAGAAACUAAGCAGAAAAAGGAAUACAGUAGAUUGAAGGGGUGAUGAGACCCCUGAAGCCCUUGAGAAGUUCAAGCCUUGAGUCACUCAGAGUUACUCUGAGAAGAGAAGAAAUAUAGUUACAAGAACUGUUUCCAAGACACAUCAGGAAUGUUUCUGAGAUUUUGAGUGCAGAUCCACUUAUUUUCUAGAAUACAACCAAACCCUGCCUUAUGGACACCUCAUUUAUUACUGACCACAGGGUCCAGAGGAGAUGUGUUUGUCGUUAGAACAUCAAAGCCCGUCGAAAACCUCCGAAAAAAUGGGUUAUUUUGAUCGCGUAACAGUUUCGUUACACAUUCUAUAGACCGCAAACCAAGAGACUGAGGGCUCGCAAGAUCGGCUUACAGUAUAAAAUAUUUCUUUUACUCGGCACUUCGUGCCUCGGUCGCCCUUCGGGCGACAUGCUGUGCGCCGGCAAGGAUAUGGCUUGCGGUCAUCGAUUUUCAAAAGUCGAUCAUCGUUUACAGUAGAUUUAUAAAGAUGCCAUUGGGCUAAUUAAUCGUGAGAAGCGACACUGGUAUAGACAUUUUUCAAGGUGAGACUUUAAAUAAGUAAUUCAUUUAUUCACACGAAACUCCUCUGGACCCUGUGACUGACUGGACAGUUUGCUUUAUCCCUGGGGGAAAAAGCCCUUAUAUUUUCUCUGAAUUGAACCCGCUUAAUACAAACACCCCGUUUAAACGGACUUUUUGUAUGUGUCCGCAUUAACAGGGUUUAACUGUAAUAAAAGCAUUUCAAUGACUGAAAACUGCAAACAGUUGUAGUUUCCCAAACAUAUUUGUAUUUCUUUCCCGUAAUUUGUGGAUGUCUUUUAAAUUGUUUACCCCCUGCAACUGAAUCUUCCACAUGUGGAUAAAACUACUACAACAACUGAACACAUCACAGAAUUCUACAGUGUAGCUUUAAUUGUCUUUCAUUUUGUCAAUUUUAUAUACUAUAGUAAGAAGAUUUUUUCGCUUGGCAUCGGAUUGUUUUUAGAACACAUAAUGGACAACUUUAUCAAGAAAAUUGAUGGCAAACAGUAAGUGCAUGCAUCUAAUAAAAGUGUUUCAUGUGAUAGUAUGUUAAAUUAACCCUAAAGCCCCCACAAGCAAAAUCCACAUUUUCUUGGAAGAGUUUUAUCCAAAUAUGCUAAGAAUUCAAGAUUCGCACAGUCUUGAGAAGUCUUUAAAUUUUAGGGGAGUCCUUGAAAAGUCCUUAAAUUCCAUUUUUCCAAGGAAUCUUUUUUCCAGAUUCCAAAGCUCAGGAUUCCGGAUUCCACAAUCAAAAAUUCCUUAGAUCCUGGAAUCUGGUUUACCUUACAUAGGUGAAACAUAUUUACUAUAUACUACUAGUGAGGAAUGAUGUUUGUUACAUCAAAAUUGACAGCAGCCGCCUGCUAUAGUAUAAAGUGCUCCGUCUUGAUGAUCUUUGGUAAAAGGGAGACUUCGUUCCAUGUAAGCGAAUCCGAGACUGUCUUGGAUCCUAACCUGAGAUCAGGCCCAAUUUUAGCGGUUCUCAUACAUUCUCUCUAACGGCUACCGCUAAAAUUCGUUUCGCCUUGCCCGCCGGAAUGUUAUUACAAAGCGAAACGAAAAUUGAGCCUGAUCUCAGGUUACUUGGAUCCUGGAUUCCACGCUGUUGAUUUCGUAUUCAAUGUAAUGGAGCUCCAGUCUUUUUAAAUGGAACUUGGAUUCCAGUUUCUUAUCGUUAGUAGAAUUCUGGAUUCCUUGAGCUGUAUUCCUGGUUCUAAAACCCAGGAUUCUGGAUUUCUCAAGGAAAAAAUUUCCCAAAUAAACAAGCACAAAUUUCUUCGAAUUCGGCAUCCGCAUUGCCGUACAUGGGGUGGGGGGAUACUGUAUGCAAUUCAGUGAGUAAGAGUUUUAUAGUUGACAAAAGGGUGUAAUGAAUAUGCCCAGUGCCAAUGCAGUUCCAUUCACCAGGGUUCUUGAUAAUUUAUGGCGUUUGUCUCCAACAGCAAUUACAAAAUGAUGCUGUAUUCAGCGCAUGACGUCACUCUAGCACCAAUAUUGAUGUUACUUGGUGUGCUCGAUGACAAAUGGCCCGACUUCGCUGCUGAUAUUGCAUUUGAGCUCUACAGGGAUAAGGUAUACAUAGGCUAUCUGUCAAAGUUAUGGAAAUUAUCAGAAUAACUUCAGUUGAUUACCGUAUUUAUUCGAAUAAGCGCCCAACCUCGAAUUAGCACCCACCUCGAAUAAGCGCCCAUCCUAGAGGCAGAAAAAGUUGAUAAGCGCCCAGCCUCGAAUAAGCGCCCACCCCACCCCUCCUAGUCUGCUACACAGCCGUUUUUAAUGUCGUCACGCAAUGUUCCUCCACACUAUGUGUAGCAGACUACAGCCCACCCACAAGUACUAAUAACAGACUUCCCCGAAGACGGAGUUUUCUUCAAAGUAUUUUACAGGACCCUUGCUUUGUUAUAUCUUCGCGUUUGUUAUUACCAUUUAUUGUUUUGUUGCAAAAUACACAUACUACACUUGCUGAAAAUGUUGAAAAUUUAAUAAGUGCGCACUCUCAAGGUCCAAAAAUUUAAUAAGCGCCCAAGGAGGUUAAUCGAAUAUUUACGGUAUCUGAAGUUAUUUACAAGCUUGAAAAAGUUCUGAAAUUGAGCAGAAACGUAAAAGCAACAUUACGUCUUAUUUCCAUCCAAUAAUUUGAGCUUAAAUCAAUCAAUCAAUCAGUCAAUCAUUCUCAAGACAAAUCUUCUAAAUGAACUUUUCGUCCCUGCUGCAUUUUAUUUUUAUUUCCGCAGAAAUAUUUAAUUUGUUGUAGUUUUUAACUUAGAUAAAGCUUUCCCUUCAAAUUUAACAACUUAGUUACAGUCGAUUACUUAAACUAAUAGAUAUGUUAAAAAUAUAUUUUGUUUUGUUGAAUAUUUUAGGAUCGCCAGUACUAUAUAAGAGUUUUAUACAAAGGCGAGGUAAGUUUCAUCUCAUCCAACGGUGUUGCAAUUUGAGAAAUGAGAAAGAGAUGAUGAAACUUAGACCAGUUCAUGGGGUACAGCUUGUCUCGAUUGAUACCCCCUCCCAUAAAAGGCGUGGAAGGGAGUUUGGUAGGAUUAGGGUCUACCGUCGUCACCGAGGACGACUACUAGUACGAGAUACUGCGCGCGCGUAUUUCAGUGUCAUUUUGGCGGGAAAACUUGACAGCCGUCGUCAUUCUACUGGGAGUUUUGGCGGAAAUGUCUUAGUUUUGCGGCAACAAAGCGAUCAAGCCUCAUCAAAUGUCAGAAGUUUCGUCAUAUUUUUUUAAUAAUAAUAACAACAGUGCCAACUUUUUUGGUGAAAAAAAAAAUACAAUGAAGCUUUCCGGGGUGUCUAUUUUUUGGGAAUACGCAAAUAAAGCUUUAAGUUAAAUCUCGUCCUCGAAUCUAAAGUCCUCCAGUCUCCCACACAGUUUCGAGCAGCCGUUCCUUGUCUCGUCACGCAGCACUCGUUGCGUGACAAGUCCAAGAACGGGUGCAUGGGAGACUGCAUAAAGGAAGGCGCAAAAGCAGUAUUUAUUCUGGCCAAUCACAACGGAGGCAGGCAAUCAAAUGAACCUAUCAAAAUGCGAAGGUACCCCAGGCGCGGGAGCGCGGGAAAACGCGCGUAUGCGAAGUUCUGUAAGCCAAUUAGCACCCCCCAACUAUGCAAAGUGAAAGAAAAACUGUGAAAGUGAUGAGAAUCUAUGCGCAAAACAAUCCCUUAAAGCGAAUGGAAAAUUGUUUCCAGUUAUUCAAAAAUAAUGUUAGUUAAUUUGUUCUCCUUGUGUUUUUGUCAGGAAAAGGUUCUUCCAGGAUGUUCGGGUCCUCUGUGUCCAUUAAACAAGUAAGUUUUGAAAGUUAUGCUAACAAGUUUAAUCAUCCGCAAAGCAAGACAAAGUGACUUUCCCAGGCACUAAAAGAGGGUCUUCUUGUCUUUCAGAUUCAAGGAGUUGGUCUCCGAGUAUUUUAUAGACAACUGGGAAGAAGAAUGUAAAGUUACUUUAACAAAUUAAAAUGAUUUGAGUGCGCACCGUCAAAGAGUGUAGUAAAUGCACAUACCAAUGAAUAAUCAGUAAAAAGUGACGAUGUAUAGGUAGCACAUCCACUCUGUAGUUCUUCGUCUACCUGAUUCCUGGUCGAAUUGGAAUUUGGAAGUGUUGGUGAAGUAGUUAGGUUUCCUGUUCAAUUUGUCGAAGGUUAUCAGUGACAUGCAAUGAUGGUGUUGGUGAUGAUGGCGAUGUUGAUUACCUGGACACAAAUAAGGCUUGCAAUGAAAAGAAUGGUAAAGGUAAUGACUGCCAUCUUGGUAUUGAUGGGUGA